GAGAAAUAAUAAAACAAUAAUAGUAUUACCGAACCAUAGGUAUAGAAAACAGUAAUAUGAGUGGGUUUGUCCAACAAAUGGGAAAAGCUCACAAGAUGGACCAAUCAGUCUGAAAGAUUGCCCUAAACAGGGCAAUGGCUUCGCCUAAGACAGAGGAAGCUGCCACCGCAGAGUGCCUGAAAAACGCAUUGCAGGGACUAAGACCAGACGAGGAUGUACUUAUCGAUAUAUUGUGCAGAAGAACACACCAUCAGAGACAAGAAAUAAGGAGAAAAUAUCAGCUGGAGUACCGAAGGGAUCUCAUUGACGACGCGAGGCACAAAUUUCGUGGGAAGUUUGGGGAAGUUGUUGUUGCUCUCCUGACCCCAAUGCCCGAAUAUCUUGCACAAGAACUACACCGGGCUCUCAGAGGCAGAAGGCAGGAAGUCUUUCUGGAGGUCUUCUGUUCUUAUGACAAUACCAUCAAUAGAGCCAUCAAGAAAGCUUACUACGAAUCCUAUGCCAUAACACUGGAAUCCGCCAUAAGAAGCCAGCAUCUGGACGACUUCCAGAUGCUUCUAGAAUCACUUGUGUCCAACGAAAGAGACGAAGAAGACGCGGCCAUACCAGAGUUGCCAUUGAGAGUCGCCAGGCAGCUUUAUCAAGCGGUUGGAGGAGCAGAGCCAGACAAGGGUGAACUGAGGCGCAUCUUCACAACGUAUUCUUACCAGACGCUGAGGGACAUUUUCCAGAUGUACUGCGAAGUGGCUGGAAAGCAAUUGGAGGAUGUCCUGAGAGGAAAGGCGGAUUCGGACGAGUUCUUUGAGGGAUUAUUGACAGCCUAUUAUUCGAUCCAAAACCCAACCGCUUUCUUUGCACGGGAAUUCCGCUCUUCCAUGGAAGGCCUGGGGACCAGAGACCGACAGUUGAUCAGACUGGUCGUAACUAGGAGUCAGGUGGACAUGAAAGCAAUAAAAAAUGAAUACAAGAGGAUAUUCAACCGAAGUCUGAAGAAAGACAUAAAGGGUGACACUCUUGGCAGCUAUCGAAGGAUUUUGCUGGCUUUGGUGGACUCUUAGAGGAGAUAGCAUCGAUAAGUGUUACAUUCGAGCACGAAGACGAACAGGUGAUGUUUUAAAGUUAAAGGCUACGUGGCAUUAUUUUUACAGUGGUCAGCUGCUGCAGAUAGAAAGCCUCUUAAAUAUUAGGCGCAGGUUGCCACAGAACCCCUCCAAAUAAUUACCUUUCCAUAUUUGUAUUAUAGCGCUACAGUGUGUAUAAAAUUCGAGGUGAACAACAAAAAUUCAAAAUCAAGUAAGAUAAAGAAAAAAAAGUGAUAUUUUACAGGAUGUUAGAUAUUGGUCUCACCAAUUGUAGGUUUUACCAAAACAUAUAGAACCUCAUUUUAAUGAUUAACGACUAACAUCAUAGCAGUAGGGGGGAUGGGGGCCGGCACUGUAAUGUAAUUUUUGUAGUUUUGACAACUUCAGUAAAGGUAGUCUUGAAAUGCUUAUAUAGCCAACUGCGUCGUAAACAUGGACAAGAUGAACCUCUUCUGCAAGUUGCCUAACAUGAUCUUAACCACCAGAGAAGAUUGCAUGAGGAUUAAAACCUCUGAAGGACUGUAUCACCUUUGUAUGCUUUCCAACAUAAGGAAUUUGAUGUCCAUGUCUAUUAUGGCUUACGAUUAGGAAAGAUCAAGGACGCGUGAUGGGUUUCGUCAGGGAGCAGCUUAGUGUACUUUAGAGGUACAACUCACUAACGUGGAUGAUGACUCAUCUAACUUGAUUAUGACUAGGCCAGAUGGAAUAAUAUUCCGAACUGAUUCUGUCUCUUUCUUCAAAUAAACUUUUCCUUUUUUUCAAGCAUUAUGCGUGUUAGGACUUGAUACUGGAUAGUGAUGUGACUUCGUUUUUCUCUGUAGUAAGUCCCCUUUUUUCCGUUUAUAUAGUCUUAUAGGCUUAUGUUAUUUGCGCUUGAUGUAUUUUUCUUUGUAGGCCCAUGCACUUGCAAGAACAGAAGAGAUUACUGUCCACUUUGUUUAUUUUGUAUUGUCUCUUUGUGGACAAAUUUGUACUAUUAACUGUAUAUUUUUUGUCAAAGAAUUAACUAACUAACUAUAUACUGACUGCAGGGCUGACCUAGUCUUAGCGCUUUCAGGAGUAGCCUAGUACUACAGCACCUGCGAUCCAUGCAACUUACAGCUCUUAUGAGACGUGCUAGAGGAGAAGAAACAGUGUUCUUGACAAGUUCUUUGGUCUUCCAGCUCAUGUCUGUCGCCUGUCCUCUCCCACUGCUUCUUCUCGUAUGAAUUCAGCACUCCAUGUUGUGGAUUCUAAUAUCAUCUACAUCAUCAACAGCCAGGGGAAACUGUUUCUCUCUCACCCGCUACCUAAUCUCUUCACCUACAAACACUGGUAGCUCUCUCGCCCUGGCUAGCAUCAGAGUUGGUAGCUUAUAUUAUAGAUGACAAGCCUGUUCACACUGAUGAGAGAACAUAAAAUUGUAGACAACUUUUCUGGAUUGAAUUCAUUAUUAUCAUCUCUAACCCCCAUGCAGCAUAAGGACCUCUGUAUAUUUUCUGUGCUUUCACUUUCAUGAAUCCCCUACUCAUCUCCGGCCUCAAGUCUCAUAGUCUUUAUCGAGGUAGGUCUAGGUCUUCCAUGGACCUCCUCUGGUGCCAAGAGGGAUCCCAGCUUACACGUGAGACUUCUGUAAUUUCCUGUAUUGUAUCAUUUCUUAUUCUAAUUCUACAGAAACGACAAAAUUAUGUACGCAAUAAACGGAUCAUUAAAACGAA